UAAGCCGGAAAAAGACGUGGCAAAGAGAACAGCUCACUUCCUGUAUUUUCCUUCUGUGUUUACAUCACGAAUGAUCGAAGUAAUGGUACAGUAGUUGGUUAUUCCUAAACGGAUAUCAAGCCGGAUCCCUUCGGACGAGUUUUGAAUUCCUUUUGAAGGGUUGACUUAGUGUGAGGAGCCCGCUGCUGUCGUACAUGAGGAGCGGCCAGGCGGCGUUCAGCGGCCGGAGGGGGUGACAAUGGCUGGCUUUCUGUUGGUGAUGGCCGGCGGGCUCCUGGAGCUCUGCGGCGGCGUCUUGGCAAACGGGAACGGUCAGCCAUCCUUCACUGAUGAAAUUCCUUUUAAAAUCGCCUGGCCCGGGCCUGAAUUCACACUGCCCAAUUCGGGCGCACUUUACAAGGACGACGACUUCGUCAUCAUAACCACGUUAGAGAAGGAGAAGUACAAAUGCCUCCUGCCUUCGCUGACCUCUGGAGAAGAGGACGGUGACAAAGAGUACACCGGCCCAAGUCCGUCUGAACUCCUGGAGCCUCUGUUCAAACGCAACAGCUGCUCAUACAAAAUUGAAUCUUACUGGACCUAUGAAGUAUGUCACGGUAAACAUGUAAGACAGUAUCAUGAAGAGAAGGAGACUGGUCAGAAAAUAGGUGUUCAAGAGUACUUCUUGGGAAAUUUAUCACGGAAAAGAAAAAGUACACAAAUGGAAAUUGUAUUUCUUCUGUCAGCUAAUGUUGAAGAGACAAAAACGACUCAGUCAACAACCGAAACAGAAGUGCUGUCUAAGAACAUUGAAGGUCAGCUGACGCCCUAUUACUCACUGGAGAUGGGAAAUGGGACACCUUGUGUGCUGAAGCAGAACGAGCCGCGCUCCACUUCCGUGCUGUACGUGUGUCACCCGGAGUCCAAACAUGAGAUCCUGUCGAUCGCUGAGGUCACCACCUGCGAGUAUGAGGUGGUGGUGCUGACACCCUUGCUCUGUGCACACCCGAAAUACAGAUUCAAGUCGUCCCCAGUCAACGCCAUCUUCUGCCAGGCGCUGGCUGGCUCACCGUUGCGGCCUCGGCGACUCACCCAGCUGGAUAAGGAGCAAGAGGAGCAGCUCAAACCUCCUUUCAGCGCCACCGCUGAGCACAGAGAGGCGGAGUCACCAACAAGAGAGGAGGCCUUCACUUCUUCACAAAAGUCCGUUGGGGGGCAGGCGGCUGGGGGCACCACUCGGAUAUCCCGGCUGACAGACGAGCAGCUUGUCAAGGAGUUUCUUAGCGGCUCUUACUGUUUACACGGGGGGGUUGGAUGGUGGAAAUAUGAAUUCUGCUAUGGAAAACACGUCCAUCAAUACCAUGAGGAUAAGGAGCAAGCAAAGAACAUUGUGGUGGUUGGAAACUGGAAUGCCGAGGAACACAUCGAGUGGUCCAAGGUGAACGUGGCUCGAUCUUACCACCUAAAAGACAGUGGAGUGCAGAAAGUCAAGCUGGUCUCUCAUUUCUACGGCCAUGGCGACCUAUGCGAUCUGACUGGAAAUCCUCGCCAAGUUAUUGUCAAGUUAAAAUGUAAAGAGUCCGAGUCUCCUCAUGCAGUCACCGUCUAUAUGCUGGAGCCUCAGACUUGCCAGUACGUCCUUGGGGUUGAAUCUACAGUCAUAUGCCGGAUUCUUGACUCGGCAGAUGAACACGGACUUCUGUCCUACUCCAGUUGAGUGGCCCAAAGAUCAUGUGGUGAGAACAAGAGGAGAAGCCCAAGUAGUACAUUUAAAGGAGAAGGACGUACAAAUAGGUGUGAUGUGACAUUUAAGACCAACAAAGGUUCAUACUGUGGUGAUUUUAAGGCUGGACUUGAGGAUGCUCAGGAGCUGAAGAGACGAUUCAGGCAUCCUGAUAUGACCUGCGGAUUAAACCACAUGAUGGCCUCACUCAGAUAGCUUGUUUCUUAAAUAAAUCAAGGACAAUGUGGAUUCACUGUCCGCAUUUCUUAUAUUUGCUCAAAAUGAUUUUUAUAAUGUACAAGAUCAUGGCUGUGUGUGUGCGCAGGGAAGGGAUGACAAAAAAUUGGCAGAUACUUUUAUUAUGGGUGAGUGUAACUUAUGCAUAAAUGGCUGUUUUGAAAUGACAUGCAAGUUUGAUUAAAAUGAAUUUGUAACUUUA